AUGCUUUUACCUGGUCUUAAAUGCAAAGUGACUGUCGAUAAAACUCGUGUUAAUGGUCUUGAAGUAUCAUUUGGUGAAGUUAAAGGUUUUAUUCAUGCACAAAAUUUCCCAACUUUAAAAACUUCUAUUGAUGAUUUCUCUCCUGAACAAGAAUUGGAAGCAACAAUUCUAUCAAUUGAUCCAACAACAAAAUUAAUUCAUUAUUCAAUACAACCACAUUUCUUAUCAUUAAAUUCUCCACCAUCAAUUCUUGAUAAUACAAUUAUUGGUUCGAUUCAAACAUGUACCGUUAUUCGAAAUAUUGGUUCAUUACUUGUUAUUCGAAUUCCAUCAUUAAAUCAAUAUGAAAUUGUUUCAUCAAGUCAAUUAACUGAUGAAAAAUAUGAUGAUAUUCAACAAAUAUUAAAUUCAUUUAAAUCAGGACAAAAAAUUCAAUAUGAUAUUCAGUCAUAUUUGAUUUUUAUCAUUCAUUUUAUUUUAUUUAGAUGUCGAAUUAUUGGGAUUUCAUUAGCAAGUAAUUUAGCAAUAUGUAGUUUAAAACAGAGUAUUAUCGAAGCACCUUUUAUCACAUAUUCUGAUAUUCAAAUUGGUAGUUCAGUUAAAGGUUCAAUAACUCAUGUUGAUGAAAAUGGUUUGAUUAUAAAUUUAACCAAAUAUAUUAAUGGUUUUGUACCAAUUAUUCAUAAUGCUGAUAUACCAAUAAAAGAAACAUUAAAUAAAUUUCCAUUAAAGUAA